AUCCAGCUGAAUUAUUUUGGCGGAAUCUCCGCUAAAUUCAUAAUUUUCUCCCUCUCAAACCAAAAACAUAUGAUCAGAUGAAAUUUAUAUAAAUCAGCCCAAUUUCUAGUUUAAAUCUCAAGAGAUUCAAGUCAGAAACGUUUCGUUGGUGAAGAAGAUGAAAGCUUCUUUGAAGUUCCGUGAAGAGCAGAAGCCUCUGUUUAGAGCUAAAGUGCCGCUUAAUAUAUUGGGGUUCCCCUUCCAAUCUGGGAUCGUCGCCGGAGAAUCCAAGGAGCUCACUCUUAAUCUCGCUACUUUCUUCGAGUCUGGACCCUCGAUCAAAAUCGCCUACCGGCCUAAUGACACACGGAACCCUUUCUCCCUCGUUGUCAAAACCGGGACUGGAUCUUUUGGAUCGCCGUUUUCCAGCUCCAUGCUCAUGAGCGCCGAGUUCAACCUCCUUGGCAGGGCAAACCCUACCUUCAUGCUCCAUUUCAAGCCUCAGUUCGGUGAUUUUUCGAUUAAAAAGUCGCACUCCUCAGUCUUUGAUAGGAAGGCGAGGUCCAUGAAGGGUGCCGUCGCAGACGACGAUUCGGCGAUUGAGGUUGUGGAGUCGCCGGCCGUCAAUGGCGGAGGAGGAAUAGGGAGCUUCUCGGCUGCUAAGAAGAUUAUCGUCUUGCCAUCAACGUCGGCCGGAGACAUCGCAGGGUUAUUCUCUGGCGUGGAGAUGGCAGCGAGGACGGCGCUGCCGGUUAAGGAACGCGCGGUGGUGAAUUUCCGGUGGGGAGUUAGGGUUCCGGCGGAGAUGAAGAGCUACGAUCCGACAGCCGGGUUCUCGUUUAGGAAAAUCCCCUUCCUGGUUAUGAACAAAAUCGGGAUCGAACACGUGGACGGUCCCGAUUCUAAUCGAUCCAAAAGUAGAAAUAAUGCGGGUCCGGAAUCGGGUUCGGGCAAUGCUGGCGUGGCCGAGGCUUGCUUGAUGAUGAACCGUCAGCUGGCUGUUUUGCAAGCCGAGAAUGGGUUGUUAAGGAAAGCCGUGGAGGAACUCCAUCAAGAAAUCACCGGCGGGAAGUCAGCAUCGUUGACCGUCGAUUCCAGUCCGCCGAGGUAUCGGAAACCCGAGAGAAGCGGAAAUAAAUCCAAACCCGACGUGAAAAACAGUGAGAAGAGAUUUAAAACGGUGUCGGAUAUGGAUGCGAAGCCAGCAGAGGGAGACGUGAGUGAGGAGUUGAUGAAGGCGCUGAAGGGUGCUACCGGAGCUUGAAUUUGUCGAAAUGAAUCUGUAACAGCUGGUUUAGUUGUCCUGUUCGGUUUGAUUUAAAAUGGAAAUUCUCAGUUUUGUGAGUUCUAGUUUUGGUAGUAAUUUAAAUACAGUAUCGUUUUCCUUAAUCACUUCAAUUAAUCUCAUUUCAUACAUGUGGGUAAUGCAUAUUGUAAAUUGCUUACAUUAAUAAUAAUAAGGCUUUGUUUGGUGA